ACAGAUGGAAACAGAAAGCACAGAGAGGAGAGAAGGAAAAAAUAGAAAGAGAAAUGUGUGAGAAAAUUUGUACCGGAAAAAUCCAAAGCAGCGUUGCUGAAUUCUACUCUUCGUAACUGGAAUCAGAGAAUCAUUUCAUCGUCGUCUUCGUUGUCGCCGAACGUUCGUCGGAUUCACAUUAUUUGCUCUUCUUCUUUUUUUUUUUUUUAUGAAUUCUUCUUCCGCUCCGAUGCGUUUGAGUUUUUGAGACUCUGGAAUUUGUUGGGCGGAUUGUUUGAGAUUCCGGCGAAGAUGGCUGGUUCUCAAAACAGUGAGAUGAAGAUGGAAGGUUGGUUGUAUAUAAUCCGAUCGAAUCGGUUUGGCUUACAGUACUCAAGAAAGCGUUACUUCAUUCUCGAAGCUCACCUCCUCAAAACCUUUAAGACGAUGCCUACUUCAAAUCAAGAGGAACCUGUUAGAAGUGUAAUUUUAGAUUCCUGCAUUCGGGUCACAGACAAUGGAAGGGAAAGCAUACAUAGAAAAGUAUUCUUCAUUUUUACACUUUAUAACAGCUCUAAUUACAAUGAUCGGCUUAAGCUAGGAGCAAGCUGUCCUGAAGAAGCUGCUAAAUGGAUUCAAUCCUUCCAAGAAUCUGCUUUAAAGGAUGGUCCAGACCCAGGAGAUCAGAUUGUUGGUUGUUCUAAGAGCAGAUGGCAGUCAUUUAGAUCAAGUAAUUCAAGAGGGUCAUAUCACCAUAAAUGUAUAGACUGGACUCUUUAUUCAUCGACACGCAUGGAUCUGGUGACCUCUGAUGUUGUUGCUCCAUCACCUUGGACAAUAUUUGGUUGUCAAAAUGGUCUUAGGCUGUUCAAAGAAGCAAAGGAUAGGAAUUCUCAUGGAAAGUGGGAUGAUCAUCCUGCAAUAAUGGCUGUUGGUGUGAUUGAUGGAACUUCAGAAGCCAUUUUUCAAACACUUAUGUCUCUUGGACCCUCGAGAUCUGAAUGGGAUUUCUGUUACUACAAGGGUAGUGUGGUUGAACAUGUUGAUGGUCAUACAGAUAUUAUUCACAAGCAGCUAUAUAGUGAUUGGUUGCCUUGGGGAACGAAAAGCAGAGAUCUCUUGUUGCAGCGUUAUUGGAGACGGGAAGAUGAUGGAACAUAUGUUAUCCUAUACCACUCAGUGUUUCACAAGAAGCGUCCACCGCAGAAGGGCUAUGUCCGUGCCUGCCUUAAAAGUGGUGGAUAUGUUAUAUCUCCGAUGAAGGAAGGAAAACAAUCGGUUGUAAAGCAUAUGCUUGCUAUUGAUUGGAAAUUCUGGAAAUCUUAUCUUCGAACUGCUUCUGCCCGAUCUAUCACAAUUCGGAUGCUAGAGAGAAUUGCUGCCUUAAGGGAGUUGUUUAGAGCAAAAGAAGGGAAUUAUCCUUCUACUGAUCUUUCAUCAGGAGAGUUGACAAGAAAUGCUAGGUUGCACAACUGUGACGAGGACCAUGUGGUUGAUAUUCAGACACAGAUGGAGGCUGUGAAGACAAAGGAAAAUACUAGUGAAGGAGCGGAGAGGGCACCUUCAGAACACUCAAGCCUGGUGGGCCUUAAUGAUUGUGCUGAUGAAUUUUUUGAUGUUCCAGAGCCAUCAGAUUAUGAUCAAUCAGAAGAUGGAUGGAGUUCUGAUUUUUCUCCAGAAAUGCAUCCUCAGGAUAACCGUCAUCCAAGGUUGUCAACUGCUGCUGUUUUUGUAAAAAAAUUGCACGAUCUUGCAGUUCAGAAGAGAGGCUAUGUAGACCUGCAAGAGAUGACAAGGGAAGAUGUUAUAUCUUGUUGCUAUGGUUACACUCUUCCUAAAGAUCCAACUUGCACUUUGCCUUGCAGUUGGACAACAACAGACCCCUCGACUUUUUUAAUUCGUGGAAAGAGUUACCUUGAAGACCGUAAGAAGGUUAUGGCAAAGGGUACUUUGAUGCAAAUGGUUGCUGCAGAUUGGCUAAGAUCUGACAAGCGAGAAGAUGACCUUGGAGGUCGUCCUGGGGGCAUUGUUCAGAAAUAUGCUGCUCAGGGUGGACCAGAGUUCUUCUUCAUUAUAAACAUACAGGUUCCAGGAUCAACAACAUAUAGCCUAGCCUUGUACUAUAUGAUGAAUACUCCUGUGGAGGAUGCACCCUUGCUAGAGAGCUUUAUCAAGGGAGAUGAUGCAUAUAGAAAUUCAAGGUUCAAGCUCAUCCCAUACAUAUCCAAGGGCUCGUGGAUAGUUAAGCAGAGUGUCGGAAAGAAAGCUUGCCUCAUUGGUCAAGCACUUGAAAUUAAUUAUUUCCUCGGCAAGAACUACCUGGAGCUUGGGAUUGAUAUUGGGUCGUCUACAGUAGCAAGAGGUGUUGUCAGUCUUGUUCUCGGCUACCUCAACAAUCUGGUUAUUGAAAUGGCAUUCUUGAUACAGGCAAAUACAGAAGAGGAACUCCCGGAGUUCCUUCUCGGGACGUGUCGGCUAAACCACCUGGAUGCAUCAAAAUCCGUUCUAGUGCAACCAUGACUAACUCUAGACGCUCAUGAUGAAAUGAAUUUUAAGGCUGGACGGUGGCUAACAAGUCAAGAUUUGUAAGCUCUGCUUCAAUUCUUUUAUUCAAUCAAAACAUGAAUGAACUGCUUCAUACUAUCAUUUAUGGCUAUGCUGGCUUACAAUUUAGAUAAUCAAGAUUCAUAGGAUUGAUAGAAACUAUAUUGUACAGAUAUUGCUACCGAAUCAGCAUUCAUUUUUUUCUAAAUUUACAUUUUCAAUUUUUUUUAUUUCCCUUUAAGUUACCUUUUUAGUUUCUUCCAGAAUCCAAAGGACAGAUUUUCCUUAGAGCAUGUGAUGUGUAUCCAGUUGGCAGUUCCCACCACGUUCCUCGUGGCCAAAUUUUAAAAAAUAAAAAUAAAAAUAAAAAUAAAUCAUACAUUCUUCC